AUGGACUAUUCUCAGAACCCUAACCCUAACUAUAAUUAUUCUUAUAUCAAUGAAGGUUUCGAUCCGUCACCGACUGAGUUUCAGGUAUCGGAUUACCUCAAGUUUGAUGAUGGAUUUGGUGAAGAUGCUUCAUCCUCACGAAGUAUGGUGUCAUCGGAGCAAAUUGCUAGUGGUUCAUCAACCGGAUAUAGUGGUGCAACAUCAAGAAAUAAUAGCAUGCAAAAUGGAGUGAGAAAAAACAAGGUAGAAACGGAGCAUAGAGUUGCAUUUAGAACAAAAUCUGAGCUGGAGAUCAUGGAUGAUGGAUUUAAAUGGAGGAAGUAUGGAAAGAAGUCAGUCAAGAACAGCCCAAAUCCAAGUAAGUGGAUAUUGUUAGUUGCCCAAGGAAUCUGGGUUCUACAUGCAGUCUUGCUUUUGGGGCUUUUCAUUGAACAAUAUUACUGCUAUACAAAUGGCCGAGUUGGUCUAAGGCGCCAGAUUAAGGUUCUGGUCCGAAAGGGCGUGGGUUCAAAUCCCACUCUCAACAG